UCCAUCCAUGUGAACAGUCUCCCUUCUUCACUCAUCCCCUCCCCCUAAUCAUUGCAAAUAAAAAAUCUUCAGUUUUGAAGGACUAGUGGUGUUGAAAGGUGCCCAAAGAAUCUGAUCAAAUCUGAUCUUACAGUGAACCAAUUUCGAUUUCCAUUUUGGAACACCAGUUGCGUCACAAGAUCAAUUACGCUUUCAAAUUGACGCAUAGUAGCGAAACACAAAAUCCACGAAUAAAAUCCAGAAAAAAAUUCGCGAAUUUCUUUGACGUGAAGAUGAGUUGAAUGUUUGGAGACGAAAUAUUGCUCAGCUAAGACAAGAUGGGUAGCGAUCAGUUUUGUUUAAAAUGGAACAAUUAUCAAACGAGUAUGGUACAGGCUCUAGAAAUGUUAAAGAUGAGCGAGGAGCUUGUAGAUGUAACACUAAGCUGCGAAGGAAGACGAAUGAGUGCUCACAAGAUAAUUUUGUCCGCCUGCAGCCAGUACUUUAAGGAUAUAUUCAAG